CGCUGCAGCAGCGCGCAUCAGUUCCUGCCUGACCUCGCCGUUAAUCUGCCUCCACGCUCGGCGCCUCCCCCCCGUCUCUCCCCGCUGCUUAAUAUUACAGUAGCUCGUUAGGUUGGGGGGGCUUCGGCGUCUGUGCUGGCUGUUUUCGGGCCCUGCCGAGCUGUCGAUCGGCCAACGGAACGAGCGGAUCGAGCCUUCGACUCGCGCAUCGAUCGCGUUUUGGGCGAUUACGCUCGCCACCGCCGCCGCCGCCGCCGCGAGUCCCUCCGUCCUCGGGUCUGAGCAUCCGCGGAGCCGCUGCUGCCCACGCCCGUGAUGUGUCGCGGAGAGGAGUAGAGAAGAAGAGACGGACAUCUGCGUUCAGAAGAGGAAACGACGACGACGACGAUGACGACGGCUUCUCCAAAUGUAGCAAGCAAAGGCUCGGCUGCGAUGGCGAGAGCUUCCCUGCCGGUCAAGCUGCUUCUCUGGGCGUUCAUUGCCGUCAACCUGCCCAUAAGCUCCUUCCAGGUAGACGACGACGACGAGGUGUCCAACAAAACGUGGGUGCUGACUCCAAAAGUGUAUGAGAGCGACGUCACACACAUCCUCAACAGUCUACUAGAUGGAUAUGACAACAAGCUCAGACCUGACAUCGGAGUCAAACCCACUGUGAUCCACACCGACAUGUUUGUCAACAGCAUCGGCCCAGUCAAUGCCAUCAACAUGGAGUACACCAUCGACAUCUUCUUUGCCCAGACCUGGUACGACCGGAGGUUAAAGUUCAACAGCACGAUGAAGGUGCUGCGUCUCAACAGCAACAUGGUGGGAAAAAUCUGGAUCCCGGACACGUUCUUCCGUAACUCCAAGAAGGCUGACGCCCACUGGAUCACCACGCCGAACCGCAUGCUUCGGAUCUGGAACGACGGGAGGAUCCUCUACACGCUGAGGUUGACCAUCGAUGCGGAAUGCCAGCUUAAACUCAACAACUUCCCCAUGGAUGAGCACUCAUGUCCCCUGGAGUUUUCGAGCUAUGGCUACCCCAGGGAGGAGAUCGUGUACAAGUGGAAGAGGAGCUCAGUGGAGGUCGGCGACAUCCGAUCAUGGAGGCUGUACCAGUUUUCCUUCGUGGGCUUGAGGAACACCUCGGAGGUUGUCAGGACUGUCUCAGGGGACUACGUUGUGCUGACCGUCUUCUUUGACCUGAGCAGAAGGAUGGGCUACUUCACCAUUCAGACCUACAUCCCCUGCACUCUGAUCGUUGUCCUCUCGUGGGUCUCUUUCUGGAUCAACAAGGACGCAGUACCUGCCAGGACGUCCCUCGGCAUCACCACCGUGCUGACCAUGACCACGCUGAGCACCAUCGCCAGGAAAUCGCUUCCCAAAGUGUCGUACGUGACCGCCAUGGACCUGUUCGUGUCCGUCUGCUUCAUAUUCGUCUUCGCCGCCUUGAUAGAGUACGGCACGCUGCACUACUUUGUCAGCAACAGGAAGCCCAGCGCCAAAAAGGACAAGAAGAAGAAGAACCCGCUCCUCCGGCUCUUUUCCUCAAAGCAGACGCCCACCGUAGACAUCCGUCCCCGCUCGGCCACGGCAAUCCAGAUGAACAACGCCACGCACAUGCAAGAGCGCGACGAGGAGUACGGCUACGAGUGUCUGGACGGGAAGGACUGCACCAGCUUCUUCUGCUGCUUCGAGGACUGCCGCUCCGGGGCCUGGCGGCACGGGAGGUUGCACAUCCGCAUCGCCAAGAUAGACUCGUACGCACGCAUCUUCUUCCCCACCGCGUUCGGCCUCUUCAACCUGGUCUACUGGGUCUCCUAUCUCUAUCUCUAGACCGCCACGGAAAGACUCCACCCGCUGGUCCACUCUGCUCGUUUCUCCCGACGUCUUCUGUGUUUACCGUAGCAUCGUAUUUAACGGCUUCAGGAGACUUUUGUUGUCGGUCGGAAGCUUCGUUCGCAGCAAAAAGAAAUGACAGCAAGUGAUUUGAUUUUGACACCAUCUGAAGCACUUUACCAGACUUGGCUCAUGUUCGCGCACAAUUCAACGUCUCAUUAAUCCAUGUGUGGUCGAAGGAGAGUUGUUACACUGUAAAUAUUUAACUGUUACAUUUACUGCAUGCUCCCUCCAGGCCAGAAAGCUUAGCGCUUUUAUGGCGUUGUAUCGUUUUUGGGAUCAAACACGACAGUCAUCGACCCAGUUUUCUCUUGUGUGGGAAAGUGCGUACGCUUCCACCUGAGUUGCUGUAGAUUCAGUUGUUUACACUGCCCUUCUUUGAAGCGAUCAUUUAUGAAGGUUGGCCGUCAGCUCAAAUACAGUACAGUGAAUACAAAUAACAAACACGUUCAGAGGUCAAAUAAUUCAGCAUCAUUUAUAAAGCUGUGUUCCCAUAUUAACGUUUUUUGGAGACAUUUGUGAAUGGUUUCAUAAAUGGUUUUGUUUAGGAUUUGGGAAUGUUUUCAUGAAAGGUGGGAAGAAAGGUCCCUUUACGUUGGAAAUUGUACCAUUUCUGAGAAUGUUCCCGUCACUGAUCACAGUCUUUACUUUGCUGUUAGCCACUGUACCCACCAUGGGGAGCAGCCCAUAUCUUUUAUGGCAUUGACAAACUCCAAAACAAACAUGGCGACUGUGGAAGAGGUAUCGAUCAUGUACCUCUUAAACUAAAGAGUUGUACGAGGCAGUGGUUGGUGAAGCUGUUAAAUAUAUGGCAACUGGAAGACGGAGAAUUUCCACCAUUGUUCUGUCUUCUUCGUGUCUCAUUACGUAUCGGGUAGUCACAGCAACACCGCCCCCUAUGGCUUCUGGAGGUACUGCUCCGUUUGGUCCGUACCCGUAGCCCCUGCCAUCUCACUGGCCGCGGUUACACAGGAACCUUUUCCACUAUUUGUAAACAAAAGUUUGUUCUAUAUUUGUUUUGAAUGUAAAAAUAUAUUAAUCCAAAUAAUCAUACAAAAAAAAAAGGAAUUGAAUUGAAGUUACUGUCAACGUCGGAACACUUCACUCCUAAAUGAUGCUUGAAUUGAUCGCACACCUCUUUUGUGUUUUCAAGUCGUUGCUCUCACUCACAACAACAAAUCUCAGCAUGAAUAUCUAGAGCAAUGACAGCUUUAGCCAGUAAGUUAGCUCAUCCGCUAGUGUCGCUGAAUCGCCAAAAUGGCCGACGUGAUCCGCAGAGCACCCUCCAUUGACUCUUCUGUCCGACUUGCUACAGGGUAACAUGAAAUCUCCCGCUGAAUGCGUCCAUCAGUUUGACUCACUCACCCAUUCACCAGAAUCUUGCUGCCAACUGCCACAGAAAACUUUCCGCUCAUGUCGCAAAGUCCAAUACGAUUUGUAAAUGUCCUGUAAAAAUGUUGUGUAAUAUAUAAGCCGCAAAACAAAAAAAUGCUUCACGAGUCAUCGUUCCAAAGGCUGUAAAUUGAGUUGAUGUACAUAAAUAAUCACGAACGGAUCAAAUAUUGUCGAGCCCUCGGGGGUUUUGUAAAAGGGUAUAUAUUAAUAUAUUUUCUAUCUUCUGCAUCAUCAUAUAUAUAUAUAUAUAAAUAUAUAUAUACACAGUAUAUUAACACAUUAUGGUAUUAUGCUGGACUUGUAGACUACUUCAGGGUUAUUUAUUUAUUUGUUUAUAGAUGGUAUUUAUUAAUUUAAUUGGGAAAAAAAUUAUGUUCCUUUAACUUCACCCCUGAAAGAAAAAAAAAAAUCUGAAGCUUAUUUAUCCUGUUGUCUUUAUGUUGUGAUCGAUGUGUUUUCACGACGGGCCCGUCCGACUGUUUUGUACGUUCAACUCGUGACAAAAAGAAAACCUAUCUGUCGUGCAGUUUUUCAAUGUCUUCAGGGGUCGUAAAAAAAAUAAAUAAAUAAAUAAAACUGCACUUAAAGCGGUUCCCAGAAGAGAUGAAGAUUUUUUUUUUUUAACUUCACAUGUUACUUCCCAUUUUUUUUGUGUUUCUUCUGCUCCGAUUGCUUCUUCCAUCUGUGGACUAUGUCAUGGAUCCGUGGAAGCGUCUUCAGCCAGUGUUGCACAGCGGAUAUACAACAUGUGAAAGUGCCAAAAUGACACGCAAAAGAAAUAGGUUUAGAUUAAGCUGUGUAUUUAAAGUAGGGCUGUCGAUCAACUUCCCUACCUAGCCAACUUGUAGCCCCGCCCCUCAAGGACCUGACCAAAAGUGGAUUCUCUGGAAAGUACUUCUGUUUACAGGCCUUAUUGUUAUUUUUUUGUACUCAAUUUAAGAUGUAGAAGUAGCAAUUUUGUCGUCUCAAAUGGUCCCCAUGACGUGUAAUUCAUUCCUUUUCCACUACUUGAGUAAUUCCCCUUGCAAAGCCAAUCCCAGCACCUCGGGGAGAGAGGCAGGGGGCGCCCUUAAUAGAGAACUCCUCUCACACACUCCUUGGAAUGAUUGGGAGUCAUCAAUGAACCUUGUAUGUUUCUGGACUGUGGGAGGAAACCAGAGUGUCUGGUGAAAAACAUGCACACAGUAAGGUUCGCGAUAAGAAUUGGGAAUCGAACCAGCGACCAUCUUGCUGUGGGGAUGCUGGUAACCCUUAUUUUCGAGCAGAUGUUUUGAGCUAAAAACCUCCCUCUGUCUCCGGUUUCUGUUACGAAGUUGUUGACAGCUCUACUUUAAAUCCCGAACCAUCAGUCACCACCAGAGUUCCCCUUGUUCCCGAGACGUUCACCAGUGUUCCAGCAUGUCUUAUGUUUUAGGCGUUACACACACUGUGGUGGUGUUUUUCUUCAGCUCUCCACGACUUGUUUAAAGACUUUUUUCCACUCUACUGUAAAUGCAAGGGCACGGCGGGAGCGUGGCGGCGUGUUCGUUGUGUGCACGGAGCUGGAAUGUUUGCCUGUCCACCUAUUAGGAAUCAUCAUCAUAUCCUCCACUUAGCAUUUUGAUUCCACGCUAUUUUUGAUUUGUGUUUGUUUCGGGACCCACAAACGACUGAACAGCACAUGUAGAUAUUUUCUAUUGUUAUGUAUUUUGUCAGAGUACUGCAAACAAAACAGGCACUGGGCUCAGUGGACAAUAUCAAGAGCAAAAUAAAUUUCAUAUGAUUCUCAUACGACAUAUUUUGUCAUCUGUUUUUUUCUGGUUUUUUUUUUUGAGGGGGGAGGUUAGUGCUUCUAGAGAUGAAGCUUUGUGAAGCCUCACUUUCAGAGGCUACUUGCGACUGCAUUUUUGUUGCUUUUAAUGAAACUUUUUUAGCUUUUCAACCACCGUCUGAGCUCUGAAAAUGAGGCUUCGUGAAGCUUCACAAGCCUGUCACAAUUGCACCCUAUGCUCCAUAGCUUUGACCGUAAUUCCUGGAUUGUAAGCCGCUAUUUUUUUUUUGUUUUUUUUUGGUCUGAACCCUGCAGUUUAUACAGCGAUGUGGCCGAUUUUUACAGGCUGAAGAGCAUCAUGCUGCCAAAAUAUUGAGCUUCGUCACAUCAAAGCAAUGACAUCACAGGCGUUUUAUUCACCUUAAAG